AUGCCGCAGUUUAUCAGGAAAAAAUCAAGGAAAUCUUUCCCAGUCAAAGUUUGUACUUUAGAUGCCGAAUUAGAGUUCAAUUUAGAAUGGAGAGCUACUGGGAGAGAUUUGUUUGAUUUGGUCUGUCGUACCAUAGGUCUUCGUGAGACCUGGUACUUCGGAUUGCAGUAUGAAGAUUCAAAGAAUUGCAUAUCUUGGUUGAAACUUGACAAAAAAGUUCAAGAUCAAGUUGUCUCUCAACAACCAACUACACCCUUUAUGUUCCUCGCAAAAUUUUAUCCUGAGGAUGUAGCAGAGGAAUUGGUACAAGAGGUAACACAACAUUUGUUUUUUUUACAAGUUAAACAAGCUAUACUGUCAAUGGAUAUUUACUGCCCUCCUGAAGCUUCUGUAUUACUAGCAUCUUAUGCUGUUCAAGCUAAAUAUGAAGAUUAUGAUGAAGCUACUUACAAACCUGGAAUGCUUGCCAGUGAAGACUUGUUACCUCAGAGAGUCAUUGACCAGUAUCAAAUGACUCCAGAAAUGUGGGAAGAUAGAAUUAAGAUAUGGUAUGCUGAUCACAGGGGUAUGUCUCGAGAUGAAGCAGAAAUGGAAUAUUUAAAAAUAGCACAAGAUUUAGAAAUGUAUGGUGUUAAUUAUUUUCCCAUUACCAAUAAAAAAAAUUCUGAACUUUGGCUUGGCGUUACUGCAUUAGGACUGAAUAUGUAUAGUAAAGAUAAUAAAUUAACUCCUAAAGCAAAUUUUCCAUGGUCAGAUAUUCGACAUGUAAGUUUUGAUGAUAAGAAGUUUGUUAUUAAACCUGUUGAUAAGUCUGCUAAUAAUUUUGUGUUUUUUUCUAAAAAAGUUAGAAUGAACAAACUUAUUCUCGAUUUAUGUAUUGGAAACCACGAUCUGUUCAUGAGACGGAGAAAGCCGGAUACAAUGGAAGUUCAACAAAUGAAAUCGCAAGCUAAAGAGGAAAAGACUAGGAGACAGAUAGAAAGAAAUAAACUUGCCCGUGAAAAGCAACUGAGAAAAACAGCAGAACAGGAAAAAGCAGCUUUAGAACAGAGACUUAUACAGUACCAAGAGGAAGUUAGACUUGCUAAUGAAGCUUUACGAAGAUCUGAAGAAACUGCUGAACUCUUGGCAGAAAAAUCUCGUGUUGCAGAAGAAGAAGCAAUGUUACUUAGUCAGAAAGCCACUGAAGCCGAACAAGAACUAGCACGUAUGAGGCUUACAGCUAUGAAAACUGAGGAAGAAAAAUUGAAUUUAGAAAAGAAAACUCGUGAAGCAGAACAACUUACUGCAAGGUUAGUUGAUGAAUCAGAAAGAAGAGCAUUUGAGGCAAAUAGAUUGAAAGAUGAAUUGUUAAAAGCAAGAUUAGCUGAGAAAGAAGCUAAAGAAAAACUUCUGGAAUUUCUUUCUCGCAAUGCUUACAUGAAUUCUAGUGUCAAUUCAAUCUAUCCUUCUUCUCAAGUCUUAGAUGUUCAGCCACUACCUUUGGAAGGGGAUGCCACCAUAAGCUCUGCAGAUUUGACUUCCUAUGAAUUGACUGCUGAUAAUGAUAUGGUACAGUUGUCAUUGGAAAUUGAAAAAGAAAGGGUAGAUUACUUAGAAAAGAGUAAACACUUACAGAACCAAUUAAGAGAUUUGAAAACUGAAAUAGAAGUUCUUAAAAUUGGUGAGAAACAAUGUGAAUUAGAUCUGCUUCAUGAUGAACAAGUGAGACUUGGAGAAACAAAAUAUUCUACAUUGAGAAAAGUUAGGUCAGGAUCUACAAAAGCUCGUGUAGCUUUUUUUGAAGAUUUAUAA